UUUUACUACAGUUUUAAAAAGGUAAAUAGCCACUAAAUGUAAAAUGGUACAACAGAAAUAACUCAAUUAAUAAGAAAGAAAGGAAUAAAGGAACAAAGCCCAGGUCAAAUAAAGAGAAAGGUGGACAUAAAAACAGCAGUUAUUGUGUUAAAUGUACAUGGACCAAACACUCCAGUUAAAAACAUGAAACGACAUCCUAGACUAACAGAGACAUGCUUAAAAUAAAGACACACACAUGUUAAAUAUAAAAGGAUGAGAAAAAGCAUAUCAUCCAAAUACUAGACAACAGAAAGCUGUUAUGGCUCUAUUAGUAUUAAUCUAAAGAUUUUAAGGGAGGAAGUUUUACUAGAAAAAAGGGAGACAUUUUAUAAUGAUAGAAUAAUCUAUUAAAUAAAAACGCAUAAUGACCGUAAAAGUAAUAACAUAGCUUUAAACGACAUGAAGCAUCAAUUAGCAGAAACAAAAAGAGAAAUAAUCAAUCCACAGUCAUAGUUGCAGAUGUUAACAGAACUCCGUUGGUAAUUCAAUGAAUAAGCAGAAAAAGAAAAUAGUAAAAAUUAAAAAAAAAAGUUGAACAAUAUGAUUAACCAGAUCCACCUUACCAGGAGCCCUAAUUGGAACAGCCCUAACUGAAAACUGCUUAAUGAAUAUUUGUUGCAUAAAUGAUUAACACAUGAACAAUUUUUUUCAUUUUAAGGUAAUGGGCAAGAAGAAAAUGGGAAAUAGGUGCUAAUGCUUCAAGUGAGCAUUUGCUGUUGGCAGAAAGUUCUAACAUCAGAUCAGGAAGGUGGACAGAGGAAGAAUAGGGGGACUCUGGCCUGUAUAGAAAGUAGCUGCCUAAAUUAUGAUCAGUAGGAUUCAGAAAAGAAAAAGACUUAAACUGGUUGAGGAGGUUAAGGAAAGCUUCAGAGAUGUGGAUUUUAUUACUAGUAACAGCACCACGCCUACCACUCACUAUUGAGCACCUACUGUGUGCCGGACUAACCUAGUUAUUCUAGUGUUUGCCUUUACCACAGCCCUGCAAGAUUAGGAUAUCUCAAUUUUAAGGAUGAGGAGCGAGUUGUAACUUGUCCAGGGUCACGUGGAGAACCCUCUUGCAUGAAAUGAUACAUGCCUAUUUAUUUGUCACGAAUAACGAUAAAGAUCGGGAAGGGCACGGUCCAGAGUUUUGUAAACAUAUGCAUCGCAUCAAUCGCCUGACGGGAGCCAAUAUAACGGUGUACCAUACUUUCCACGACGAGGUGGACGAGUACCGGCGACACUGGUGGCGCUGCGAUGGGCCGUGUCAGCACAGGAAGCCGUAUUACGGCUACGUGAAGCGCGCCACCAACAGGGCGCCCUCUGCGCAGGACUGCUGGUGGGCUGAGCACCAGAAAACCUGCGGCGGCACCUACAUCAAAAUCAAGGAGCCCGAGAGCUACGCAAAGAAGGGCAAAGGAAGGACAAAACUAGGAAAGCAGCCAGCAUCAGAAGCAGAGAAUAAAGGUAAACCGAACAGAGGAGAGACACAGUUGUUAAUCCCUUUCAGUGGGAAAGGGUAUGUUCUAGGGGAAACCAGCAAUUUGCCUUCAUCUGGGAAAUGUAUCACUGCACAUGCUGUUAAAACCCAGGAUCUUUUAAAUCAGGGCCAUUCAGCAAAUGCCUUAAGACCCAAUUCGAAACCUGAGGUGACAUUUGAACAGAACGGUUCACGUGGAAAAACCUCCCUAGUCUCCGCUGCCCUCAGUUCCGGUCACCAAAGUGUUGUCAGCAACUACUUCUCGAGCGUCGCGGUCCCCAAGCGCGAGGCUUUCGGAAGUGUGAGUGGGUCUCCGAUGAAGAGCCUCACGGCUGGUGACGUCACUAAAAACUCGGUCUCUUCUAGUGCUCAAAGGAGGGUGACAUCUUCUAAGAUACCCCGAAGAAAUCCUUUCAAAGCAGUGGAAUCGACGUCUGUGGCUGCACCCCAGGAUGCAGGCGGGCCUGAAGAUAAAUUCCCACGUAAACGACCCAGGCUCGAAGACAGGACUGUGUUCGAGAACUUUUUUAUCAAGAACGAGCAAACGCAGCGUGGUGGUAACGAGCCAGCGUGCGGUUCACGUCCUACGGCUGCAGCGCAGAACGCCGGCAGUUCAUCUAGUCAGAGCAGAAUGGUUCACUGUCCGGUUUGUCAGAGUGAAGUUGCGGAGUCUCAGAUUAACGAGCACUUGGACUGGUGCCUUGCAGGUGCUGAAACAAAUCCCUGAAGAAUGAGUGGGUCUCACCCGUCCCCCCGUGUCACCUCAUAGCACAGUGUCAGCCGCUCAGGAAGGUCUGCGUAGUGCCGCUUAUAACCUAGUUCACCCGUAUUAAAUGUUCUAUUUUAUAUAUACAUAUACGAAAUUGUAAUUUAACACAUUUUAUGUCUAAAGGUGCUAUAAUUCACUCUUAGGUAUACUGUAGCCCAGAGUUUGUUCUGGAUGCAUAUACAUGUAUAAUUUUUAGAUACUUUUGUUCUUUCUUGCUUUUAAAAGUAUUUAAAUCUGUUAAUCUUUUUAUUUGCAUAUUUUCCUUAAAAUAGUCCGUGAGGAAUCCUGUCAGGUGUUUGGUUAAAUUGAAUAUUCCUUUAUUAAUAUUAAAACUCAUUCCCAGAACUGGUAAUAUUCAUAGUAUCGGACAUAUUGACCAAAAAUACAACCUAGUUGUUUUCCAGUACUCAAGGUUUUUGGUUUUUCUUUUUUUUUUUUUUUUUCUUCAAAAUUUUAACAGGAAAUACAAUUUCCUAUAUUAUAAAGAUUUUAAUUUCUCUGUUUCACUAAAAGGUGGCAGCAGAUUUUAGGUUAAAGUAGAUAAACAGAGUAAAAUAAAUUUCGUUUGGAAUAUCGCUAGUAACAAAUAGCCACUGUAAUUCUGUAGGCCAGAGUUGAGCUGAUUUCUCAGAAUUUUAGCAAAAUGACUGGUUAAAACUCGGUACUAAGUAACUGGCAUAUAUAACAUAACCAAGUUGCCUAGUUUAUGUACAAGUGGACCAUCAUCUGGAAACAGUAUUAUGAACCUUAAGCCAAAGUUGAAACCAUUUAGGAAUACCAUUUGUGUAUGUAAAAAAGUAUAUUUCUUUUAAAAAACAUUCUUUUCCACGUCCCAGCAAAGGGUCAGAGAUAGUUUGAUCCAUUUACUUUUUUGUCUCAUGGCUCUACCGCCAGUGUGUUGGCAUAGUUUCAGGGCCUUAGUUCACAGGUUCUCUUUUUCUUAACUUUGUUGCAACAUGACUUCACAUAACAUAAGGUGCAGCUGGGUUCCCCGCUGAGUGCCCACUACCCGGGGGCAGUUAGAGAACAUUUCAGUUACUGUGAAGUGUCCUCAUGGGCACCCCUUCCCAGUCAACACCCAACACCCAACACCCCAGAGUAACCACUGUUUUCGUCUGUCACCACAGGUUAGUUUAGCUUGUUUUUAAACUUCAUGAAGUAGUACCUUUGUUGCUAUGGGUAGCAGAAGUUCAGUCUUUUCAUUGCUCUGUAGUUAUUUGUAUGAAUAUGCCCGAGUUUAUAUAUCAUUCUGAUAUUAAUGGACAUUGGAAUUAUCUCCAGUUUGGGGCUGGCCAUUCUGAAUAACGCUGCUAAGAACAUUCUUACUCAUUUCUGCUGAGCAUAUCCCCAGUCUGGAAUGCAGGGUCACCAGGUGCAUUUGUGUUUAGCUUUAGUAAAUGCUGCCAGUUUACAGUCCUGCCAGCAGUGUAUGAGAGCUUGUUGUUCAGUAGUCCUAAUGCUGUUGUCUGUCGGUCCCUUUCAUUUUAGCCUGUCUGGUUGAGUGUUUACGAGUGUUGAUAUUUCUUAAGCGUGAAGUUACACAAUA